UUUCUUCUCUCGCCUUCCUAUCCAAAAGCCUCUCGACUCUUCCUUGCCCGAGCAUCAAGGCAGAAGAGAAGAGGGAAGGGGAAUCCGACGAAUCCAUGACGCCCGUUCUAACCCAGAGCUUGGGCAGUACGUUUACGGUCUCCCUCCAUCGUCUUUCGAUCCCUUUGAGGUCGAAUUCCGCCCGAGCUCUGAGGUUCCGGACCUCGUUUCUUCCGCAACCUCUCGGCUCCGGGAUUUCAUUUCCGGUGUCGGGUCUGAGUUGCAAGGCGGAGAGGAGGGAGCGCUGGAUGCGCGUCCGGUGCGAGGCGGCCGUCGCUGAGAAAGAAUCCGAGGAGGCUUCGGGGGAGAAGUUUGAGUACCAGGCCGAGGUCAGCCGCCUAUUGGACUUGAUUGUUCAUAGUUUGUACAGCCACAAGGAGGUGUUUCUUAGGGAGCUUGUAAGCAACGCAAGCGAUGCUUUGGACAAGUUGAGGUUUUUGAGUGUGACAGAUUCCUCACUACUUGGUGAUGCUGGUGACUUGGAGAUACGGGUCAAGCCUGAUCCAGAUAAUGGAACUAUUAUGAUAACAGAUACUGGUAUUGGAAUGACCAAAGAAGAGCUAAUUGAUUGCCUUGGGACUAUUGCUCAGAGUGGAACAUUAAGGUUUUUGAAUGCUCUCAAGGAGAACAAAGAUGUUGGGACAGACAAUGGUUUGAUUGGCCAGUUUGGUGUCGGAUUUUAUUCAGCUUUCCUUGUUGCUGAGCGGGUUGUGGUGUCAACAAAAAGUCCGAAGUCUGAUAAACAGUAUGUGUGGGAAGCAUUAGCAGAUAGUAGUUCAUAUGGGAUAAGAGAAGAGACUGAUCCUGAGAAGUUCAUAAAGCGUGGAACUCAGAUCACCCUGUUUUUACGAGAGGAUGAAAAUUUUGAAUUUACAGACCCAACACGCAUCCAGGCAUUGAUCAAGAAUUACUCUCAGUUUGUCUCCUUCCCCAUAUAUACAUGGCAGGAGAAAUCAAGGACGGUGGAGGUCGAGGAAGAAGAGGACCCAAAGGAAGGAGAAGAAGCAAAAACAGAGGAUGAGAAGAAAAAGAAGAAGAAAACUGUAACUGAGAAAUAUUGGGACUGGGAACUGGCAAAUGAGACAAAACCUAUAUGGAUGCGGAAUCAAAAGGAGGUUGAGAAAAAUGAAUAUAAUGAGUUCUACAAGAAGACAUUCAAUGAGUUCCUGGAUCCUCUUGCUUACACCCACUUCACCACUGAGGGUGAGGUGGAAUUUAGAAGCGUUCUCUACAUUCCUGGAAUGGCACCCCUAAACAAUGAGGAUAUAAUAAAUCCCAAGACCAAAAAUAUACGCUUGUAUGUCAAACGUGUAUUUAUUUCUGAUGAUUUUGAUGGUGAGCUGUUUCCUCGGUACUUGAGUUUUGUGAAGGGUGUGGUUGAUUCAGAUGACCUUCCUCUAAAUGUUUCUCGGGAGAUUCUCCAAGAAAGUCGAAUUGUAAGAAUUAUGCGAAAGAGGCUAGUUAGGAAGACAUUUGACAUGAUUCAAGAGUUAUCUGAGAGUGAAAACAAAGAGGACUAUAAGAAAUUCUGGGAGAAUUUUGGCAAGCUUCUAAAAUUGGGUUGUAUUGAGGAUUCAGGAAAUCACAAGCGACUGGCACCUUUGCUGCGCUUUUACUCUUCCAAGAGUGAGGAAGAUUUGAUAAGCUUGGAUCAAUAUGUGGAAAAUAUGGGUGAGAACCAGAAGGCUAUAUAUUACUUGGCAACAGACAGCCUUAAAAGUGCCAAAACUGCCCCCUUUCUGGAGAAGCUUGUUCAAAAGGAUAUUGAAGUGUUAUAUCUUGUGGAACCUAUUGAUGAAGUUGCUAUACAGAAUCUUCAGUCAUACAACGAAAAGAAGUUUGCUGAUAUCAGCAAAGAAGACCUAGAAUUAGGCGAUGAGGAUGAGGUGAAGGAGAGAGAAGACAAGCAAGAGUACAAUCUUCUAUGUGAUUGGAUGAAACAGCAGCUUGGUGAUAAGGUAGCAAAAGUCCAAAUUUCUAAGAGGCUUAGCUCUUCACCAUGUGUACUUGUUUCUGGCAAGUUUGGAUGGUCAGCAAACAUGGAAAGACUCAUGAAAGCACAGACACUCGGAGAUACAUCAAGUUUAGAGUUCAUGAGAGGGAGAAGAAUCUUAGAGAUCAAUCCUGAGCACCCCAUCAUUAAAGACUUGAAUGCUGCAUGCAAGAAUGACUCAAGCAGCACAGAAGCAAAGAGGGCAGUGGAUUUAUUGUAUGAUACGGCUCUGAUCUCGAGUGGCUAUAUCCCUGACAGCCCUGCUGAACUGGGCAACAAAAUAUAUGAGAUGAUGGGCAUUGCUCUUGGUGGAAGAUGGGGAAGAUCAGAAUCAGAGGAAGCAGCAGAAGGAGCCGAGGCAACAAGCGCCGAAGCUGUCUCUUCAGAUGCGACAGAGGCAGAGGUGGUUGAGCCCUCAGAAGUGAGGACAGAGAAUGAUCCUUGGAAGGAUUAAGCAUCUUUCUAGGGGAAUUACUUCUUGGAUUAGGUUGGAGGAGGUGACAGGGUUGAGGACAUAAAUCCUGUCAGCAAGAUGAGUUCAACAGGUGACGACAUAAAGGGGAAGGCAAAAGUCACUCCUGUUUUGGGCAUAUGCACUUUUUGUAGGCUUACAGCUACUGACAAUAUAAAUCACAAGUCAACCAAUUUGAAGAGAUAUGGUGAUUGCAUUCA